AUGGCGGCCGGCGAGAAGGGUCAGCAGAGUGAGCAGGCCGUGAACAUUCUUUGCGCCUCAGCAUUUGCUAAUCGUCGUCGCAGUUGACCUCGCUACCUUAUCGGCGCAACAGCUGUCCCAAGUGAAGAAGCAGCUCGACGACGAGGUCCAACACCUGACCAACUCCUAUCAAAAUCUCCGCACUGCUCAGCAAAAGUUUCGCGACUGCAACGUGAGCAUCGCAAAUGGCGUGGCGAAUAGCGUGAAAGGUAUGGCGUAGUCUGGCUACGCAAGAUUGGCACAGCUGCUGAUUGUCGCACAGACAAACCUCUACUUGUUCCCUUAACUUCCUCACUCUACGUUCCUGGCACACUCGCGGAUGAGAAGAAUGUGCUCGUCGAUGUAGGGACAGGCUUUUACGUUGAGAAAUCCACCGGCGAUGCCGAGAAGUUCUACAAUGGCAAGAUUGAGGAGCUGGGGAAGAACAUCAAGGACUUGGAGAACAUUGUGAAUAGCAAGGCCAAUAACCUUCGGCUGGUUGAAGAGGUCCUGAGACAAAAGAUGCUUGCUGGUCAACAGGGAGGACAAUCCGGUGCAGGCGCAUCAUGA